CAAUUAAAAAAAAAAAACAUUGUACCGGCGCGCGCAUGCUCUUGUGUAUUUACGCAUUUCUUUCAUGCAUUAAUUUUCAUAAUAAAUAUAUUAAAUGUUAUUAAAUUAAAAAAAUGGAUUUAAUAAGAAUAAUGCUACGUCAAAAAUUAAACAAACCAUUGCUAGAUGUGACAACGAAAUUAUUAACAAUACAAACAUCAAAAUAUGUCAGAUUGGCUGAAGUUGGUAAAUUAGAAACACCAAAACUUCAAGGAAAAUAUGAAACUGGACAAUUUAUUUUACAUCGUGUAUUUGGUUAUCGUGGUGUUAUAUUAUUUCCAUGGUUAGCAAGAGUUUAUGACAGAGAUUUACCAAAUAAAAAAGACAUAAAUGAAGUGGUUAAUAAUAAUAAUAAUGUUGCAAAAGAAGUUAAAGGACGUACACAUACAUUUUAUCAGGUUUUAAUUGAUCAACGAGAUUGUCCAUUUAUUAGAGCACAAACAGAAGCUGUAACAUUUUUAGGCAACAAUGAAAGUAGCAGAAGUCUAUAUGCAAUACCAGGUCUUGAUUAUGUUGCACAUGAAGAUAUACUUCCUUAUUCAACAAAUGACAAAUCAGCAUUACAACAUGAAUUAUUUGAUAAAUUUUUAUCAUUCAAUCCAAAUCAUGAGCCACCUUUUAUGGCCCAAGAGACACUCAGACAGUGGCAACAAAAAAAUCAUCCAUGGCUAGAAUUAUCUGAUGUUCAUAAAGAAACAACUGAACAAGUUCGUGUUACAGUCAUACCAUUUUACAUGGGAUGUAGAGAAACACAAACAACAUCAGUCUACUGGUGGCGUUAUUGUAUCAGACUGGAAAACAUGGGUGACUUGAGUGUUCAGCUACGUGAAAGACACUGGAGAAUUUUUAGUUUAUCUGGUACACUUGAAACUGUCAGAGGACGUGGUGUUGUUGGACAAGAACCAGUUUUAUCAAAAACAUUACCAGCUUUUCAAUAUAGUAGUCAUGUCAGUCUUCAAGCACCAAGUGGACAUAUGUGGGGAACAUUCAGGAUGGAACGUGAAGAUGGAUAUACAUUUGACUGUCGAAUACCACCAUUUUCACUUGAAUCAAAAGUUGAAGAAGAGACAACAACACCAAAUUCAGAUGCAUAAAAUAUUAAUUUUUUAAAAAUAUCCCAAGUCAAAAUAUUAAUUUUACAAGAAAAACUAAUAAUACACCAAAUGAAAUAAUAAAACAUCAUAUGGUAAAAAUGAUAAAAAUAAAAUAAAAUAACGUUAUAAAAAAAAAAAAAAAAAGUUGUAAAUAUAGAAAUAUUUAUUAUAAAAAUUAAAUUUUAAAAAUUUAUUGUAUUAAAAAAAAAAUAAUAAUAAUUACAUUUAAAUAUAAUUUUUUGUUUUUAUUUGCAAA